AUGCCCAGGGAUGAGGAACACCAUUCUCUCCUGGCUGGCCAGAAUGGCCAUGGUGAGCCAGAGUCACAGUCGUUACUUUCAGACUCUCCCGGCACUGAAUAUCCCCAAGAGCACGCCGUAAACCAGCAUCAACAACAUCAUCCCGCUAGUCCAGCUCCACCCCCGACCUCCCCCAUGGCGACUACCAAUGGAGCGCACCACCAAUCCGCUCUAGUGCAACCCCUUCCCGAUGGGCAACGUCGCCCUCGUACGACCAACCGUGUCCGAUUUGACAUUGAGGAGGAUUCGGAAGACGGUCGCCGUUCGGGUGACCCUGUCCGGCUAUCCGAGGACUCAUCCUGGUUGGAGGAGGAAGACUAUGCGGAGAUGGGAAGAAAUCGCUCCGAAAGGAGUGGUGGGCAGUCAAUUCCGCUCCUGACAGACAUAGAAGCGCCCAGUGUGACCCUUGCGACGUCCGACGACUUCUUCCCCGAGGACCAUCUAGAGAAUGCCCGGCCCAGGAGCGGAAUGCGCAUGGCAUUUAUGAACAUGGCCAAUAGCAUUAUCGGCGCAGGUAUAAUUGGACAGCCGUAUGCGCUUCGGCAGGCCGGCAUGAUGAUGGGCAUCGUCCUCCUCGUGGGACUUACCGUUGCCGUGGACUGGACUAUCCGUUUAAUAGUUGUGAACUCGAAAUUGAGCGGCGCGGACUCCUUCCAAGCAACGAUGCAGCAUUGCUUUGGGAGAAAGGGUCUCAUCGCUAUCUCCCUUGCGCAGUGGGCCUUUGCGUUCGGUGGCAUGAUAGCGUUCUGUAUAAUCGUCGGCGAUACUAUACCACAUGUCCUAAGCUCUCUCUUCCCGUCCCUUCGUGACAUGUCGUUCCUCUGGCUCCUGACCGACAGACGGGCCAUAAUUGUCCUCCUGGUGCUGACCAUCUCGUAUCCAUUGUCCCUCUACCGGGACAUCGCCAAGGUUCGACUCGAUCUCCUGUGCGGUUUGCCUUCCCUCCCGACUAACAGUGGAGUAGUUGGCCAAAGCCUCCACCUUGGCUCUCAUCAGUAUGCUGGUGAUUGUGGUCGCCAUCACAAUAGCCUACUCAUCUAUGGCUCUCUUAAGAAACCAACCCUGGAUCGGUUUGCGACGGUGACGCAUUAUUCCACCGGCGUCUCACUUUUAAUGUGCUUGACGAUGGCCAUCUCCGGGUUUCUGUUCUUUGGGUCUCAGACUCAAGGUAACGUGCUCAACAACUUCCCGUCUGAUAAUGUGCUUGUCAAUAUUGCACGAUUUUGUUUCGGGCUGAACAUGCUCACCACCUUACCGCUGGAGGCGUUCGUAUGUCGGGAAGUCAUGACCACGUAUUACUUCCCGGACGAACCUUUCAACAUGAGCCGACAUCUCAUCUUCACAUCAGCGCUUGUUAUAACCGCGAUGGCCAUGGCCUUGGUUACCUGCGACCUCGGAGCGGUCUUUGAACUUAUAGGAGCCACCAGUGCUGCUGCAUUGGCGUAUAUUUUCCCUCCGCUUUGCUAUAUCAAACUAAGCAACUCGUCCCGGAAAGCCAAGAUUCCUGCAUACUCGUGCAUUGCCUUUGGAAUCAUUGUCAUGGUGGUCAGUCUUGUGCAGGCCAUUGUCAAGAUGAUCAACGGUGGUGGUGAUCCGGCUACCUGCAGUGCCUAG